AUGGGCAUGCGAAGCUGGCGCUUCAAGUGUUUGAAAGGAUGCAGGCUCAGACCGUCAGGCCUUGAUCCAAUCACUUUCGUCGGCGUGCUUACUGCGUGCAGCCAUACAGGACUUGUCGAUAAGGGACUGGAGUAUUGGGAGGCACUGGUGCAGGAAUAUGGACUUGAGCGCCGUGCAGAUCACUAUGCCUGUGUUGUUGGCAUGCUUGGUCGGGCAGGGAGGCUUGAGGUGGCUUACGAGAUGGUGCAAACAAUGCCAAUGGGGCCACACCCAGGGGCUCUUGGUGCAUUGCUGAGUGCCUGCAAGACACAUGACGAUGUUGAGAUCGCAGAAAUUGUUGCAAACAAGCUUUUUGAGUUGGAACCUUGGAACACUGGGAACUAUAUACUGCUGUCGAAUAUAUAUGCUGGGAAAGAACUAUGGGAGGAGUCAGAAAGAGUUGGAUCGCUGAUGAGAACAAAACUGCCAUUUAAAAAGCCAGGAUCUAGUUGGGUUGAGGAUCGACAGAGAGAGCGUGUUAGGAUGUCUGUGAGGGACUGA